AGCAAUGCGGAGUUCCUCUCCGCCCUUGCCUCUGCGUCGGUGUUUGUGAUUCGCCGACACCAUUUUCUCAUCAUCGUCGACCUCAUCACCAGAGCGCCGUCCGCCAUCGCCGCCUGCACGCCUCCCAAACCCCACGUCAAUAUUCUGCACAUAUACCGCCGUAAUGUCUGCUCCAGACCCCAAAGAAGCGUGGCAGCGCAUCCAGAACGAACUCACACGACGAAGCGCUCGAUUCGGUGGAAGCGGAGGUGGUCCGCCCAAGGGCCUCUUCGGAGGUAUUGGAGGCCUGGUACUCGUUGGUGGAGGUAUAUGGCUGGCGAACAAUGCGCUAUUCAACGUUGACGGUGGCCACCGCGCAAUCAAGUACACCAGAGUAGGAGGCGUCCAGAAGGAAAUCUACAACGAAGGAACGCAUUUCCGAGUUCCCUGGUUCGAAACUCCCAUCACGUACGAUGUGCGCGCCAAACCACGAAAUGUUGCUUCUCUUACCGGCACCAAGGACUUGCAGAUGGUCAACAUAACCUGUCGUGUGCUGUCAAGGCCGCGGGUCGACGCGCUGCCACAGAUCUACAGGACAUUGGGAACAGACUACGAUGAGAGGGUGCUGCCUUCAAUUGUCAACGAGGUGUUGAAGAGCGUGGUAGCGCAGUUCAAUGCCAGUCAGUUGAUCACGCAACGUGAGAAUGUUAGUAGGCUGGUGCGGGACAACUUGGUGAGAAGAGCGGCGAGGUUCAACAUCAUGCUGGACGAUGUCUCUCUGACGCACCUCGCCUUCUCCCCCGAAUUCACCGCCGCUGUCGAAGCCAAGCAAGUCGCCCAACAAGAAGCCCAACGCGCUGCCUUCGUCGUCGACAAGGCCCGCCAGGAGAAGCAAGCCACCGUCGUCCGCGCCCAGGGUGAGGCCCGCUCUGCUGAGCUCAUUGGUGACGCCAUCAAGAAGAGCAGAUCGUAUGUUGACCUGAGGGAGUUUGAGAACGCGAGGAAUAUUGCGCAGAUUCUGCAGCAGAGCAGCAAUAAGGUGUAUCUCGAUAGCAAGGGCUUGGGACUUGAUAUCAGUCAGACCACAGCGGACAAGGAGCAGAGGGCAAGCAGGAAGUAGGUGGAGAAGCCUGAAGUGGCGAAAGUGUGAGAGGGUGAGAAGACAACGAGCAUUCUGUAUAAUUACGUUUGGGAAAAGCGAGGUGCAAAUGUGCAGUACGUAGCUUUCCACUCAUGUC